AUGCGGCGCCUGACUCGCCGCCUGGCGCUGCCGAUCUUCGGGGUGUUCUGGAUCACCGUGCUGCUGUUCUGGGUCACCCAGAGGAAGUUGGAGGCACCUCCGGGAACUGAAGUGCAGACCCCCAGGCCUUCAGAUGGUGACUGGGAUGACCUGUGGGACCAGUUUGAUGAGCGGCGGUACCUGAAUGCCAAAAAGUGGCGUGUUGGUGACGACCCCUAUAAGCUGCAUGCUUUCAACCAGCGGGAGAGCGAGCGGAUCCCCAGCAACCGCGUUGUCCCGGACACUCGCCAUAACAGAUGCGCGCUGCUGGUAUAUUGCAAGGACCUCCCGCCCACCAGCAUCAUCAUCACCUUUCACAACGAGGCCCGCUCCACCCUUCUCAGGACCGUCCGCAGCAUAUUGAACCGCACCCCGAUGCACCUGAUCCAGGAGAUCAUUCUAGUGGAUGACUUCAGCAGUGACCCUGAUGACUGCAACCAGCUCAUCAAGUUGCCCAAGGUGAAAUGCUUACGCAACAACGAGCGGCAAGGUCUGGUCCGGUCCCGGAUCCGGGGUGCUGAUAUCGCCCAGGGCGCCACCCUGACUUUCCUGGACAGCCACUGUGAGGUGAACAAGGACUGGCUCCAGCCCCUGUUGCACAGGGUCAAAGAGGACUACACGCGGGUGGUGUGCCCCGUGAUCGACAUCAUCAACCUGGACACCUUCAACUACAUCGAGUCGGCCUCGGAGCUCAGAGGUGGGUUUGACUGGAGCCUCCACUUCCACUGGGAGCAGCUGUCCCCAGAGCAGAAGGCGCGGCGCCUGGACCCCACUGAGCCCAUUCGGACCCCAGUAAUAGCUGGAGGGCUCUUCGUGAUCGACAAAGCCUGGUUCGAUUACCUGGGGAAGUACGACACGGACAUGGACAUCUGGGGUGGUGAGAACUUCGAAAUCUCCUUCCGAGUGUGGAUGUGCAGGGGCAGCCUGGAGAUCAUCCCGUGCAGCCGAGUGGGGCAUGUCUUUCGGAAGAAGCACCCGUACGUGUUCCCCAAUGGAAACACCAACACGUACAUAAAGAACACCAAGCGGACGGCGGAAGUGUGGAUGGAUGACUACAAACAGUACUACUACGCCGCCCGGCCCUUCGCCCUGGAGAGGCCCUUUGGCAACAUUCGGAGCAGAGUGAUGCUGAGGGCCAACCUGCAAUGCCAGGACUUCAAGUGGUACCUGGAGAACGUCUACCCGGAGCUCAGGAUCCCCAAGGAUUCCUCCAUCCUGAAGGGCAGCAUCCGGCAGAGGCACAAGUGCUUGGCGUCUCAGAAGCAGAACAACCAAGGGAGCCCAAACUUGAAGCUGAGGCCCUGUGUCAAGUUCAAAGGCGAGGAAAGCAAGGCCCAGGUCUGGGCCUUUACCUACACACAGCAGAUCAUCCAGGAGGAGUUGUGCCUGUCGGUCGUCACUCUGUUCCCUGGCGCUCCCGUGAUCCUUGCUGUUUGCAAGAAUGGGGAUGAGAAACAGCAAUGGACCAGGUCAAACUCCCACAUUGAGCACAUGGCGUCCCACCUCUGCCUCGACAUGGACAUGUUUGGGGACAGCACGGAGGCCGGCACAGAGGUUGUCAUCAACCCGUGUGAGUCGUCACUCAUGAGCCAGCACUGGGACAUAGUGAGCUCUUGAGCUCCCUUACCCGGGGCCAGCGUGGCCUGUGAGGUUGGCACUUUCCCCCGGCCACAGCAAACUGGAAACCAGGCUGCAGGCAGCCCCUGACUGCUGCCCACGCCCUGGACUGGGAGGCGGAGGCAGAGCCCCCCAAGACAGGUGCGGCCGUCUCAGGGAGGAUGGAGGAGGAGCUCGGAGGCCAGUGGGGCUCCGAGACGAUCUCACACAUUCCCAGGGGCACGGAGUUCCUGGCCCCGUGUUCCUCUGCCUGGUCCCUGGAGACGGAUGCAAUGGGAAGUGUUCAUGGCUCCCUUUCUUCCAAAAGAGAGAAAGCCUUCCCUGUUACCAGGCAAGGACUGG